UUUCACCGGGAAUGUUGUCUCGCACCGGGAAAAGCAACUUUCAGGCAGUUGAAACAUUCCCACCUGGCGUGUGAAAACAAAUUUUAAUUCGCAACAUAUGCUUUUGUUUAGAAGAUUGCAAAAAUCUUGUCCUGAAGUCAAGAAUCUAGUAGCUCUAAAACCCCGAUAUUUUCUUAGAUUUUCUUUUCGUUUAUUGUGAAUAAAUUGGAGCAGCAGCUGUGGGGACUUUGGUUUUGGUUAGUCUCAUUUUAAAAAAAAUUCUGCUUUGAAAGGGUUUUGUAAUAUUUUUCCUGCAAACUCUGCUCAUACAGCACCGCACAAUUUGUGCAAAAUCUUGAGGCUUAAGCAGUCUUAAUCUGCUGGAGGUAGUUUUGAUUAUAAUCAAUACAUGUGCAAGUGGAAUUUCUUGGGCAAGGUGGCCUAGAAUGGCUGCCUCUCCUGUUGAGGUAGCAACAAGCAAUGCAUAUAUUUGUACAGAAUGGGAAAUAAUCAUCGAGAUUUAUGACACACUUAAUGGUGACCAAGGAUACUACUGAAAAUGGAGCAGUGAGUUUGCUUAAGUGGUAUCAUUUACACAUUUGCUCAGAUAACUUUUUUGUUUGUUAGAUUUUGAAAAGAUGCCAAGAUUGCGUGAGCAGCCAAUGGAGCAACAUAAACAUACUGAAGCUCUUCAACCUCAGAGACCCCCAAUUUUGACGUACCAACGAAGAAAAAGAAAACAAUCAGAAGGAUCCUCAUCUUUAUUCACAGUAGAAAAAGGAAGUGAUAUUCUCAAGCUUCCAGUGCAAAAUCCACUCUGCAAAGAGUUUUCUUCAUCUCAUCUUACUUGGGCCAAGGUGGAGGGACAUAAUCAUACAGUUGAAGAUGUGGCUCUUAUACCUUAUUCCAGAGUUGAAGAUUUUUUGAAAGGCGAGUCUGAGAAUGUUGAAUGCCCUACAAGAUUUCGUAUUGAAAAUGGAAGAAAAAAGUCAAGAUUGAGCAGCUCAAAAGAGCGAAAGCCUGAUGAAUAUACUGAAUUUAGACUCUAUUGGUGUGCAUUUGGACCUGAUAACUAUGAGGAGGGUGGAAUUGCGUUGCCUAGCAGAAAGUUUAGAACAGGUGGAAGAAAACGGGCUGUGCGACCACAAGCAAUGCGAGGCUGCAUGUGUCACUUCAUAAUUAAACGCUUGUUUAGCCAACCAUCUACUGCUGUAAUUGUAUAUAACCAGCGACAACAUGUUGAUCGUACAGGUUCAGUUUGCCAUGGACCCCUUGACAGGAAUGCUCUUGCACCUCGAACCAUGACGCAUCCCUAUGUCCCAAAUGAGCUUCGCCAACAAGCCAUGUCAAUGAUAUAUUUGGGAAUUUCAGAGGAAAGUAUAUUGCAGAAACACAUUGAAGAUUCAGAGACAUUUGGUGGUUCUGCUAAUGGAGGUGACCUGGCUUCCAAGUUUGUACAGAAAUUAGAGAUGGUUAUUAGAAGGUCCUCGUAUGAAUUGGAUCCAGAUGAUCUAUUGAGUAUACGGAAGUGGAUUGAAAGACAUCAGAAUUAUGUGUUUUUCUUCCAGGAUUCUUCUGAUACAGAUCCCUUCAUAUUGGGGAUUCAAACAGAGUGGCAGUUGCAGCAAAUGAUUUGUUUUGGUAACAACAGUAUUAUAGUAGCCGACACAACUUUUGGAAUCAACAAGCUCAAGUAUCCUUUGUACACUCUUCUUGUCUUUGAUUCAAACCAACAUGCUCUCCCUGUUGCAUGGGUCAUUACACCUAGUUCUGCUAGUGAUGAUGUCCGAAAAUGGAUGGGUGCACUUAAUGAUAGAAUUCGUUCAAAGCAUCCCUCGUGGAAGCUGAAUGGCUUUACAGUUGAUGAUGCAGCCACAGAGAUUGCUGCCAUUAGAGAUGUAUUUCAGUGUCCUAUAUUGCUCUGCGUGUGGCGUGUCCGUCGAGCAUGGCUUAAGAACAUCACAAAGAAGUGUAGCAAUGUAGAGGUACGGCGGGAGAUGUUUAAGCGCCUUGGGCAUAUCAUGUAUAGUCCUUGGACAGGUGUUGAUUCUGUAGAUGCCAUCGCAGAGUUUGUGCAGGAUUUUGUAGACCAAAGUGUCUUUUUGAAAUACUUUAAAUUGAAGUGGAUGCCCAAAAUAGAGAUGUGGCUUGCUGCCAUGAGAAUUCUCCCAAUUGCAAGUCAGGAGACAUGUGGAGCAAUUGAAGCAUACCAUAUUGGACUGAAGGCUAGGUUAUUUGAUGAAUUGGACAUGGGUGCAUGUCAGCGCAUUGAUUGGUUGGUACACAAGCUAACUACUGAAGUGCACUCUUGCUAUUGGCUUGAUCGAUAUGCAGAAGAGAGCGGCUUGCUUGGAAGCAUAAGAGAGCAAUACAUAAGUCCCACGUCAUGGUACAGGGCACUCCAAAUUCCCGAUACUGAUGUUAUCUUGGAUGAUCAAGAUCUCCGGUAUGCAAAGGUUAUUAGCCAAAGUGAUCCCACACAAACACAUGUUGUCUGGAAUCCUGGAUCAGAGUUUGCGCUUUGUGAUUGUUUGUGGUCAAUGCAAGGCUAUCUUUGCAAGCAUGUUAUUAAGGUCAAUAUGGUCUUUUGCGAUCGUCAGCUGGCCCAGCCUUCAAUGGCUUUUCACACAUACCAUCAUGUUUUGCUCAAUAUGUGGCAUAAUUCGCCUGAUGACUCAAUUGCUCUUGACCAUGCUUCAGCACAUGCUGUUCAAAUGCAGCAGAACCUUAAAAAAAUAGUUGACCUUUAUGCUUGUGAAGGUGUUUCCUCUAUGGUUAAGUCAUUUUCUAUUGCAUGGAUUGGAAAGAAAUGUAGAACAUCUAGACUUAGAGCUGUUACAGCUGGGCAUGAAGAUUCAAUGGGCAGGAUUAUUGUUGCACCAGAUCAAAAUGAUGAGCAUCAAGAUUCAAUGGCUGGGAAUAAUGUUGCACCAGAUCAGAAUGUGGAGCAUCAAGAUUCAGUGGUUGGUAACACUGUGGCACUAGAUCAGAAUGUUGAUAUUCAAGAUCGAAGUGGUGGGAACACUGUUGCACUGGGUCAGAAUGCUGAGUGCCAAGAUUCAAUGGUUGUAAACACUGUUGCACCGGGUCAGAAUGCUGAGCAUCAAGAUUUAAUGGAUGGAAACACUGUUCCACUCGGUCAAAAUACUGUUGUAAUUCAAGUUAGAGAUUCAUCUACCAUAAAUAGAAAGAAAUGGAAAGUAAAGUUGAAGGGACGAGCAAAGUGACAUAUAAAUUAUGGAGUUAAGUUAUGAAUAAACAGAUUUGUCUGUGUGAGUUCUGUUGCUUCCA